GCGCCUUUCCCGAUGGCCGUGUGCGAGCUGACCAACCUGACCACGCUGCUGAUAUCAGACAACCGUAUAACGCAUCUGCCGCCCGAGAUCGGCAACCUGGCCAAUCUGCGCGAGCUGUCGGUGGCCAGCAACAAGCUAACGGUGCUGCCGUACGAGCUGACCAAGCUGACCAGGCUC